CUCGACCAGCACCGGCACGCCCGCGGAGCCAUGGCCAUGGACCUCACGGCCGAAGAUGACGAUCUGCUGAGCUACUUUCUAUCAGCUGAUGUGGCGGCCGAACAAAUGCCACAGACGCGUCCAGGAGUGACGGCGUCCGUCACCCCAACAGCCGAGCAGUUCACGUUGGGCCAAACCGUCCCUUUAGCGCCCGAGCGGACGUUUGGUGGUGAACUUACUCCAAGCGCGCCGCCAGCCACCAGUACUCCAACCACUCCCUCCUUUCAACAACCGUCAGGAAGCUUCACAGAGAGCUCAAUGAUGCGGCCGACUGCAAAUGACGACGACUCGUCGUCAAACGCUGGGACGCUGGACACUGACGAGAAGCGGCAGCGACGCCUGGCCAGAAAUCGCGAGUCGGCUCGCCAGAGUCGUCGACGCAAGAAGCAGUACCUGGAGCUACUGGAGGAGAAGGUGUCUCAAUUGACGGAGAGCAUCGAUACGACCCGCGCCGCGCACUUGGAGAGCGCGAAUGAGGCGCUGAACCAAGUUCGCUCAGACAUUCUGAAUAGCCUUGCAGAGGACAGGAAGAACGGUGGCACCGAGGAGUCGGUGCAGGAGAAAAUUCGACAGGGUAUUAUGCUAGUUCAGGAGCGGUUUGGACCGAACAGUGUGGAACGGCUGGCGGUGAAGGACUACAACUUCCGUCAACUCGACAACCUACUGCUGCCACCAUACUGCCGAUUCUUGCUGUGGCUUAGUAUUCAGGACGAGUCAUUCUUCGACGAGCCUAAUGGGAUGGGGGCGAAGAAUGCUGGGGAGGCUCCAGAGAAGAAAAAAGUUCCCAAUGUGGUAAAAAAAGAUACGCUGUGGUCGACUCUGACAAACGACCUUGCCCUUACUUAUGAGCAGGAUGAAAAACUGAAGUCGCUCUACAAAUCGGGCGACUCAAAGAGCAGCAAGUCGGAACGCCGACGGGUGGCGAUGGCUGUGACAUAUUUAAGCAAACUGAAAAGAAGCCUCGAACAACGCUCGGAAGCGGUCCAGCGACAGACAGAAAUGCUUCACUCCAUUCUGACCCCAGAGCAGUCGCUCAUAUAUCUGCGUUGGGUUGACGCCAACCAAGACCGAUUGCCAAAUUUUGUGGACAAGACGCUGACAGUGCCGAACACAGGUGCUUCCGACGCGGUGCGCGCUAUCUUGAACAAGAACGACCGCGAUCUUACGGUGGAAGAUGUGACUGCGCUUCUUGGAGAGUUGUAGAGCGGCAGAUUCAAUUUCUCGCUUUUUUUGUACCGUGCCUCGCUGCCUGCAACCUGCCGAGGUGGCCAGCCACUUGUCAUUUUAAUUGGGUUUAUGGCAUCGGGUCGAUGUGCACGUUGCACCAGGCUAACACGACAAAUUGUCAAUCCUCGUAAUUUGUGAA